UUUGUUUUAUAGUGUAAACGUUACUUUCAUACUUCAUUUGAGUUCGGCCAUCUUUAGUAAAAAUUAGCAAAGAAAAUUAUAUUAUAAUUAAAUAAAAUUGAAUUGGUGCUCAAUGUUUAAUAGUUGUUGAUAACUGAACAUUACUUUUUAAACUAGUGUAUUAUAAUGGGUCGUAAGAAGAAGAAGUUGUCAAAACCUUGGUGCUGGUAUUGCAAUCGAGAAUUUGAGGAUGAGAAAAUCCUUAUACAACAUCAAAAGGCCAAGCAUUUCAAAUGUCACAUAUGCCACAAAAAAUUAUAUACAGGACCAGGGCUUUCGAUACAUUGUAUGCAGGUCCAUAAGGAAACGAUAGAUAAGGUUCCUAAUUCAUUGCCAAAUCGUUCUAAUGUUGAUAUUGAAAUAUAUGGGAUGGAAGGAAUACCUGCAGCAGAUUUACGGGAACAUGAAAGACAAAAACAAGGAAGUAGGCCACAAAAUGAUUCUGGCUCUGAUGAUGAUGAACCAGCAGUUAAAAGACCUAAACCAGAGGGGCUUUUAGGUAGUGCUCCAGGAGUUAUGCAAGGAGUGCCUAAUAUGAUGCCCGGAAUGAUGCCACCUCCAGGAAUGCCACCAGGUAUGCCUAUGGGUCCAAUGAUGCAAAUGGGACCUAUGGGACACCAUUUCAUGCCACAUCCAGGCAUGCAAAUGAUGCCUGCUGCACACAUGCAACAAAUGAUGCAGAACCAAGCAGGUCCACCAAAACCCCUAUUUCCUAGUGCUAUACCUACCUCAUCACCUGGUGGUCCUGGAACACCAGUAGUUGGAGCCGAUUUUAAGCCAAUAUCAUCAGCUGCUACAAUAAGUGCGCCACCAACGACAAAUACUCCAGGAGGUAGUAGUAGCUCCGAUAGUAGUAAGGUGUCGACUAUAACGACGUCUAGUGCCACUAGUAAAAUAAUACAUCCUACUGAAGAUACAUCACUAGAAGAAAUUAGAGCCAGAAGUUCAAAAUAUGCCAAAAACAUUCCAUCAAAAACAGAUGAGGGACCUUCUAGUUCCAGUAAUGCUGCUUCAGAGUUGGCAAUAGCAGUAUCGGCAGCUCAACAAGCGGCAGCUCAACAAAAACACGUAGAAGCUAUGAAUCAUCAUGCAGCAAUGAUGCAGAGGUUCCCAGUUAGAGUCACAGGUCCACCCAUCGGUAUGACAAUGGGAGGACCUAUAAUGGCACCUAUGAGGCCACAAAUGAUCCCUGGGCCUCCAACGCUUCUGGGAGGGCCCCUUAUGAGACCACCACCUUUAUCUAUGCCCCCAGGUAUGAUUGGAAUGCCACCAGGUAUGAUGUAUGGUACACCUAUGUUUCCGGCAGGACCUGUGCUGAUGCAACCACGUUUCAGAUGAUCUCCGAUGUACCUCGUUUAUCAUCCGCAAGUUUAAGAAUAAGUCAAAAAUUAUUAACGUUAGGAUUCAAUUGUUUUUCCUUGUUGGCCACAACUUUUUAUUCAUUUAUUUUUUUUCACUUAUAACCCACCGAUUUUCUUGCGAUUAAGGUACAGACAAAAGAAAUCGAUUAGAUUACUUUAAUUCACUUUUGAACCGUUGUAGUAGGUGAUAAAAGGAAUUGAGGAUAACAUAUAGCGGAUAAACGAGAUUAAAUUUUUUGAUAGAGCUUAUAACAUAAGGACUAUUUUUUUAUCCUAGUUGCUAUCAAAUAAAUUGUACAUGACAUGGUGGUAUAAUUUUAUAUUUCAUUAGGCAGUUCAAAAUACCAAAUAUCUGACGAGGAAUAAUGAAAGGAAAAUGUUGUUUUUGGUCUGAACGAUUUCUUUUAUCUACAUUUUCCAAGAAAAUACAUCGAACUACAUUGUUCUCAUUAAUUUGCAUGGCUAGGGACAGCGUUGUCUAUUUUCCAUGGUCACUCAUAAUUCCUAAUUAUUUUAUUUUGACAGGUUUUGAAAAAAGUACAAACAAAAGUACAAUCCGAUACAAAAUACCUGCCGAAAGGGUAUGUAACAUUUUAUUUUAUUUUUUGAUUUCAUGGAAUUUUCCUUCUGGAAAGGUUUGUGCAAUCUUGAUUAUUAACAUGUUUCUCUUCAAAGACGAAGUUGAAUUAACGGAUAUUUUGAAAAACGAAUUUUAAUUCCAAGCAGUUUUCCAUAAGAAAUUUUCGUAUAUAUGGGAUCGCAUCCUCGAUUAAACAAUCCAGUUGGGUCGUGUAGUGAUCGUUAUUCACCCUUUUUACUCAGUAAAUAAAUGAGAGACACCUUUCUAACUACCUAUUGCAUUUUAAACAAGUUUCACUCACUAUAGUCCCAGAAACUACUCGUUCUACACAUUCUUAUGAGGAAUUAAGAAUAUUGACUUUAUCUUCUUUUUUCAUUAAAUCAAUUUUGUCUUUCUCUGCUUAAAUCAGUCAAUAAUUAUUGAUUUUCUUGACAGAGGGACAACCAAGUUUCUGUUUCAAUGGUUUCCAUUCUAUAUAGAACAAUUGAUUAUCCUUUUGUAUACUCCUACAUAUAACAAUACCUUCUCCGGAUUUUAGAAUGCCAUAUUUAAUGGUAAUAAAACACAUGUUCAACCUUAGUUUCUUUAAUCAAUUUUUUACAUUAAAAAAGGGCCUCUAAGUCGACAGAGAAACAAUUUUGUGUUUAUCAAAUUCUUAACUCCGUUUCAAAGCAAUGUUUAAAACUCCUACUGCCUUUGAAUUAUCCACUUUUGUGGAGGUGAGAACUUCAACGCUCUUGCUCACCGACCUCACACAUUGCCGUUCGUACAAUCUCCACAUCAGUUUACACUACAUAUCUUUGUAAAUCGCUUUCACCACUACCAGAAACCCAUUCUUGAUUCUUCAUCUUCUGGUUCGUCAUUGCCCUGCCGGAUUACACCAAUCGCCGAAAAAGCGGGAGUCCGGAUUGUCGAGGCCCUACUGUACUUGUGUUGUCUCUUUCCUCGUUUUUUGGUAACUAUUUUGAUUUCCCAUAUUCUUUGUAGCUUCUUUUCAACUUCUAAUGUAUAUUUUCUUUAUUCUGUCCAUCCUUUGGUUGCUCUCAAAUAUUUCAAUUUCUAUAUCCAUAUAUUUCCAUAAGUGUGUAUUGAUCUGAAAACUAGUGUGAAUUCAUCAGUGGCGGAUUUACCGUUUUGCCGCCUGUAGGCUAUUCAUCUUUUGCCGCCUCCAAUCACCUCUGAAAUUGAAUACCUUAUAUCUAAAUUAUAACAUAUUAACAUAUUUUACAAAUUACUUUUCUUUCUAUAAAAAAUUUAGAAUUCAUAUUCUCCUUGGGAACAAUAUUUUUUUUAAAAUUUGGUAAAUAAAUUUGCCGCCCAUUGAAAUUUGUCGCCAUAGCUACAGCUUACUCAGCCUGUUGGUAAAUCCACCACUGCCCAGCAUUUUGUUCUGUAGCAGUAGGUAUUUGUCGUUGCGUAAGAUGUGUCCUAUGUAAGAUGUUUUUCUUAUCUUAAUAAUUGUCAACAGCUUUCUUUUAAGAGUCCAGGGUAUCUUCAGGAUGCGUCUAUAGAGCCACAUUUCAAAUGCCUCAAAUUUUUUUGAUCAUUUGAGCUUUCAAGAUCCAAGUUUCCACUCCGUGCAGCAGUACUGACCACACAUAACAUUCCAUGAAUCCUAUUCUGAUUUGGAGGUUUAGAUUUCUGUUUGCAAACAUUGAAAAGUACUUGACCAAUGCCUUUCGAGCCAUUUCAAUUCUGAUCUCUAUUUCUUCGUCUGGAUCCAUUUGAGCUUUUAUGACUGAACCAAGAUACUUGUAUUUUUGUAUCAAUUCUAUUUGUUUUCCAUUCAAUGUGAGAAUAGUGCUGAUAAUGAUAUUUUGGUUUUCACUUAUAACCAUGAAUUUAGUGUUUUUAAUAAUUAUAGUAAGUCCUACAUUUGCACAUUCUCAGUUGAUUCUUUCUAAUAGGAUUUGAAGAUCUUGGCUCUCAGCUAUUAUAGCAGUAUCAUCGGCGAAUCUUAAGUUGUUGAUUAAUGUUCCUCCGAUGUUUACCCACUCAUGUCUCUCUUCCAGCACUUUCUGAAAGACAAACUGAAAAUAUAGAUCAAAUAGUGGAGAAAGAACGCAGCCUUGGCAAACUCCCUUUUGAAUUUCUAUUUCAUCUGUCUCCAUGUCCUCAUCACGUACCACUGUCGUUUGAUUGUACUAGAUAUUUUUGAUUAAUCGUAUAUUGUUGGAUCGAAGUUAAUAGUUGUUAAAUUAUCCAUAAGUUUAUCGAGUUGAACUUUAUCAAAGGCCUUCUGGAAAUCAAUGAAACAGACAUAUACAUUUUUUGUUGUAUUCUCUGUAGUAGUACUGUGAUAGUGAAUAAUGGUAAUAUAAAGCAUGAUUCGCUAACAAGCCCAUUGCAAUAAUCAUUUUAAAGAAUUCGCUUUGAAAUUUAGGUUGUUGCGCCCCUGCUGGUUGUAUGCUUCUUAUUACCACGUCUAGUUUUUGUGUGUAUGAUUUACUAUCUAAUUAUGUGAUUUGUGAAUAUGUUGAAAAGGGUAGAGCUUAACGAAUCUUUAGUUCCAAAUUCUUCUGUUGUUCUGUAAUUUUUAAAUUUUUCCAUACAUAUAUUUUUUAUAGUUUAGAUAAAUUACUUAUCAACUUCUCUUCCAAAUAUUCCAAUUUUUUUUUGUUAGCUAUGCCAAGCCAAGCUUCCGUUUCAGUGGUGUUUUAUGUCAUAAAAAAAAAACAGAAUCUUAGUAACAGGUAACAUUCAUUUUUCCUAUUUCGUUUCGUAGAAAAUAGAAUUCAUUCUGAUUUCUUAAAUAUUUGUUAUUGCAAAGCCAUAUCGAAAAAUGUAAAUAUUUUAUUAAUUUUAGCCAAAAAUUAAUGGUUAAAAUUCGUUUUUCUAGGCUGGCAGGUUCGUACAACUCCUUUUUUUAUAUAUUUUGAUUAAAUAAUCAUAUUUUAUUAAAAGGUAAGCAACCUACCCUAAUAUACCUUUUUGUAAAUUAAUAUUUUUGAAGGGUCAUUCGCUCAUUUAUACAUAAAAAUAAAUAUACCAGGCAACAAUGAAAUAUUUAUUAAGGCUUCUGUAAAUAAUUUAAGUAAAAUUAAUGCGCGCGUUUGACCUUGUCAAAAUGAGUGAUUUGUAUUCAGCUAAACUAUAUCUAAUAAAUGUUGUUUGUAAUGAUGUAAUCAAUUUAGAUUGAGUAAAUAUUUAUCUCUA